AUGUCGAAUCCUAAUCACAACCGGAGUUCUCUCUGCGUUCAGCGAUUGAUGAUUCUACUGGUUUUGUUCUUUGUAUUGAUUAUCGUUGUUAUCUCCAUUGCAUGGUUGAUUUUGCAUCCCAUUCGUCCAGUUUUCACUCUCAAUUCACUCACCAUAUCAAACUUCACUCUCUUAAACUCUCGAGUAAACGCAGAUUAUGAUUUAGAAAUCUCUUUAAAGAACCCCAACAAGAAGGUGGCCUUGAGCAUCGAUCAUUUCCAUGUUUCCGUGUCAUAUCAAGGUAAACAAAUUCUCUCUCUCUCAAAACCAAUGAUUGCGCUCGUGGAGUUAGACAAAACUAGUCAACGUAAUUUAAGUACACAGUUACGUCCCAGAGAUUCUUUGGGUUACUUGGUGGACAAAGAGUUGUUCAAUUUUUUGGGCACAGAUUUGAGCAAAAGAUUGUUGAAUUUGACAGUAGAAGUUAAGAUUAGAACAAGAUUCAUAUCUAAGAUUUGGCCAACAAAGGAAACUCGCAUGAAGGUUUCAUGCAACAACUUAAAUGUCGAAUUCGAAGCUGCAAAAGAAUCAGUCCCUGGAACAGGGAAGCUCAAUGGUGGAGGAGAGCAAUGCAGAGUUGACUUUUUUUAG